AUGGAGAUGGUUCAACAUUUCCUCUGGCUGGUCUCUCUCCUGACCGUCGCUGGAUUUGGAGGAGCGGCGGCAGCGGCGGCGACGGAGCUUCAGUCGCCGGUGGCUGACCUCAGCGUUACCACCGACUACCACAGCGCUGACAUCAGCUGGAGACACAGCGGCUCCGGCAGGCCCUUCGGCUUCAGCGUCGGCUACUGCGAGCUGCAGGCCUGGGGCGCUAACCGUUGCAAGUCCAAGAUCGUCCAGUGGCGUCCAGAGCAGAAGGACGGCUCGACUCCGUACCGGGUCACCAUUGGUGGCCUAAGGAUGGACACGGAGUACGAGUUUACCGUCACACCGCUGGACCGAAGGAUGCACAAGGAAAGGGAGCAGAGUCGGCAGAUGGAAGCGCGCACCAAGGCCUUCUCGGCGACCACGCGAUGUCUGGGCGGCGCCAGUGAGGUGACGGUCCACACCGGCCCCCACUUCGCCGGCCGUCUAUCCGUCGAGGACGACCCCCGAGAGGAGUGUGGCGUACAGGGCGAUCCUGACAGUGAUCGGCAGGAGUAUGUGCUGCGGAUCGAUCAUGGAACUUGUCGAACGCAGAGGUCGAAUUCGGAGGUUCGAACGUUUGUGAUGGUCCAAGAGCAGGAUACAAUUCAAACGCACAGCACCCGUCGGUUCCUCGUUAUAUGCAAUUACGAAUCGGAAUCGUUCACCGUCAGUGCUGGGGUGAACCUGCCCCGCGUCGGACACCACUCAGCAGUCGGCUCUCACGUCCAAGAGGUCUCCCUGGACCCCGAACCGGAGCUGGCGUCACGUGAUCCGCCCCGGCUGCUGGAGGUCACGUCACGUGAGGGCCGCCAGCUGAUUGUGGCUGCUGACGGACCUCCGGCCGCCGCUAGCCGGGUGGCGCCGCUACGAGAGAGGAACGGCACAGGUGGCGGCUGGGCGCAGCUGGUCCUCCUGAUGGUGGUGGUCGCAGCCGUAGUGUUCGGUGUGGCCAUCGGUGCCAUUUUCUCCCGACGUGCGGCAUUGAGGCGACGUCACAGCAGCGCCCACUCAUCCGGCGAGCCCUCCAGUGACACCAGCUCCAGCUCCAGCUCCAGCACCAGCUCCAGCUCUAGCUCCAGCUCCAGUGAUGAUAGGAGAGCUGCGAGACUGCCUCUAGAGCUGCGGAGAGACGGCGCUCGUUCCACUCACGGCAGGCUGACAAUGCCGGGUGGAGACUACCCGAGCGUUACUUGCUAGCAGCUGGAUGAACUAGAGGUUCAGUAAUUCACCACCGAAGUGAGCGUGGCGCUGGUGUAUCGGGACAGGGAUAGAGUUGUCGUGAGUCUGGUAGAGAGCCUGGAUGAAACGCAGUGAGGUAUGAUUUUCUCAGCGAAACCAUGGUAUGUCUGCCUAGUGGAUUCGCUGUGUUUGUAGAUGUUUGUUGGAUGCUGCGUGGUUGAUGCUAAUGUUGUUGAGACGACGCGAAUGUUUGCACGGUGCGACUAGUGAUAAAGUUCUCCAUCCUUCUGUGGUCGACUUAGGCAAAUGGUGUAGCCAGUGACAUCGAGAGGUCUUCGUUGAGAUUAGUCUGAGCUGAAGCUACGAUCGUCCCCAGGAAUACCGCUACAGAGGUGCAGUAAAAGUGCUUGCGACAUGUGAGCGCAGUUAGCGUACCUGUUGUUGUUGUUGUUGUUCCUCCCGGUCACCGCCGAGG